AUGAGAAGCUUAUUCAUGCCAGUGUACGAAAAAAGAUUUGAAACAACCGAAUACGAUGUGUUUGCCUAUACAACUGUCUCCCAGGGUAUUUUGACCAGCGGAGACUGUAUAGAACUGGUGUCUCCUGUUUAUAUAAACUUUCCUAAAGAGUUUGUUCUAAAAGGGAGCAAGAUAUUCUGUAAAGUAAAGACCAGAGGAUCGUACGGAGAGCUCAGGCUUAUUAAGAUUAAAAGAAUCUCUCGGCCUUCCAAUGGAUAUGCAGUGCUGAAGAAGCUGAUCCCAAGUGUUUUCGAUGUUGGAUUUAUAAGAAGAAUCAAUUUCCAGAGUUAUUUGUAUUCAAACAGAGACACCAUUAUGAGAUCGUCUGUGAGAGUGUUAGGAAAGGAAGUUGUAAACCAAAUAAAUCUUUGGAAAAGAAUUAAUUGGAAUUACGAACAGGAUCCUGAAAGCCCUGAGGAUGAGAUUAGAGAUGUUUCCAGCGACAUUUUAUUAUCAGACUAUUGGUAA